UCGUCCGGGAGAGCGUGGUUGAGGAGACUGAUGAGGGUUGGAGGGGAAAGCUAGAGCCGCCCGGAGCCCGCGACCGGGCAUGGGUGGUAGCAGCCCCCUGAGGGAGAGAAAGAGGCUUGUGACCUUCUUUGUCAGCGCUCCACUGUAUUUUUUUUUUUUUUUUGCGGAUAUAGCUUUCCUUUUCUUCUGUGAAGGAAAAGCUUUCCUUUUCUUCUGCCUAGCCCUGUAGGCGUUUCUUCGGUUUUCCCCUGGACAGUUAGGAAUCUGAAGUAAAGAAUAAAGCAUGAUGGCUUCAAUGUGGUCUGAAUAUACAAUCGGUGGGGUGAAAAUUACCUUUCCUUAUAAAGCUUACCCAUCACAGCUUGCUAUGAUGAAUUCUAUUGUCAGAGGAUUAAAUAGUAAGCAACAUUGUUUACUGGAGAGCCCUACAGGAAGUGGGAAAAGUGUAGCCUUACUUUGUUCUGCUUUAGCAUGGCAACAAUCUUUUAAUGGAAAGCCGGUGGACAAAAGCUUAAGUAAAAAAGCUGAGGAACCAUUGUCAUGUUGUUGUGCAUGCCAUUCAAAGAAUUUUACAAACAUUGACUUGAAACAAGGAACUUCACAUCAUUUCAAUUGUCCAAGUACACCACCUUCUGAAAGAUAUGGCACUUCAUCAACUUGUCAAGAAGACUCUCCUGAAAAAACUACAUUGGCUGCAAAGCUAUCUGCCAAGAAACAGGCUUCCAUAAAAAGAGAUGAAAAUGAUGAUUUUCAAGUAGAGAAGAAAAGAAUUCGACCCUUAGAAACUACACAGCAGAUAAGAAAGCGUCAUUGUUUUGAAAAGGAAGUGCGUCAUUUGGAUGCAAAAGUUGCUUCAGGAAAGACCACAAAACUCAGCUCUCCAUUAGGAAAGAUAAACUCCUUUUCUCUACAAAAUCCCCCUGGUCACUGUUCCAGGUGUUGUUGUUCUACUAAACAAGGAAACAGUCAAGGUUACUCAAAUACCACUAAGAAGGAUCAUGGGGGGAAAUCCAAGAUACCCAAAAUAUAUUUUGGGACGCGCACACACAAGCAGAUUGCUCAGAUUACUAGAGAACUCCGGAGAACAGCAUACUCAGGGGUCCCAAUGACUAUUCUUUCCAGCAGGGAUCAUACUUGUGUCCAUCCAGAAGUAGUGGGCAACUUCAACAGAAAUGAAAAGUGCAUGGAGUUGCUGGAUGGAAAAAAUGGCAAAUCCUGCUAUUUUUAUCAUGGCGUACAUAAAAUUAGUGAUCAACACACAUUACAGACUAUGGAAGGGAUGUGCAAAGCCUGGGAUAUAGAAGAACUUGUCAGCUUGGGAAAAAAACUAAAGGCAUGUCCGUAUUACACAGCACGAGAACUAAUAGAAGAUGCUCACAUAGUAUUUUGUCCCUACAACUAUCUUCUAGAUGCACAAAUAAGGGAAAGUAUGGAUAUCAAUCUGAAAGAACAGAUUGUCAUUUUAGAUGAAGCUCAUAACAUUGAGGACUGUGCUCGGGAGUCAGCAAGUUACAGUGUAACAGAAGUUCAACUUUGGUUUGCUCGAGAUGAAUUAGAUACUAUGGUCAACAAUAAUAUAAGGAAGAAAGACCAUGAACCCCUACGAGCUGUGUGCUAUAGCCUAAUUAAUUGGUUAGAAGCAAACUCUGAACAUCUUGUGGAAAGGGAUUAUGAAUCAUCCUGUAAAAUAUGGAGUGGAAGGGAAAUGCUCUUAAAUUUACACAAAAUGGGUAUCACCACUGCUACUUUUCCCAUUUUGCAGGGACAUUUUUCUUCUGUCCUUCAAAAAGAAGAAAAAGUCUUACCAAUUCAUGGUAGAGAGGAGACAAGAGAAGUACCGAUUAUUAGUGCUUCAACUCAAAUAAUACUCAAAGGACUUUUUAUGGUGUUUGACUAUCUUUUUAGGCAAAACAGCAAAUUUGCAGAUGAUUAUAAAGUUGCUAUUCAACAGACUUAUUCUUGGAUAAAUCAGACUGAUUCUUCAGAUAAAAAUGAAUUCUUUGCUCAAGCAAAAAGUAGGAAACGUGUAAGACAGAAAACUGCAGUUCGCGUGCUAAAUUUUUGGUGCUUAAAUCCAGCUGUGGCCUUUUCAGAUAUUAAUGGCAAAGUUUGGACCAUUGUUUUGACAUCUGGGACGUUAUCACCAAUGAAAUCCUUUUCAUCAGAACUUGGUGUUACUUUUAGUAUCCAACUGGAGGCUAAUCAUGUCAUUAAUAACUCACAGGUUUGGGUUGGCACCAUUGGGUCAGGUCCCAAGGGUCGGAAUCUCUGUGCUACCUUCCAGCACACAGAAACUUUCGAGUUUCAGGAUGAAGUGGGCGCACUUGUGUUAUCUGUGUGUCAGACUGUGAGCCAAGGAAUUUUGUGUUUCUUGCCAUCUUACAAGUUAUUAGAAAAGUUAAAAGAACGUUGGCUCUCUACUGGUUUAUGGCAUAAUCUAGAGUUGGUGAAAACCGUCAUCGUAGAACCACCGGCAGGAGAAAAAAUUGAUUUUGAUGAAUUACUACAGAUGUACUAUGAUGCAAUCAAAUACAAAGGAGAGAAAGAUGGAGCCCUCUUGGUAGCAGUUUGUCGUGGUAAAGUGAGUGAGGGUCUGGAUUUCUCAGAUGACAAUGCCCGUGCUGUCAUAACAAUAGGGAUUCCUUUUCCGAAUGUGAAAGAUCUACAGGUUGUACUAAAGCGACAAUACAAUGAUCAGCACUCCAAACUGAGAGGUCUUUUACCUGGUCGUCAAUGGUAUGAAAUUCAAGCAUAUAGGGCCUUAAACCAGGCCCUAGGCAGGUGUAUUCGACACAAAAAUGAUUGGGGAGCUCUUAUUCUUGUGGAUAAUCGCUUUAGUAGUAACCCUGCACAGUAUAUAUCUGGACUUUCUAAAUGGAUACGGCAGCAGGUUCAGUACCAUUCAACCUUUGAAAGUGCAAUGGAGUCCUUGGCUGAAUUUUCCAAAAAGCACCAGAAAGUCAUUGAUGUAUCCAAAGAGGACAGAAAGUUUAUACAGGACAGUGGAUCUACACUUGAAGUGGCCGGUUUGAAGGACAAUACCUUAACUUACUUAUCAGAAGCAGCAAGCCAUCUACCACCAGAAAAUCCUAGGGAAGGUGAAGCAAAAAUGUGUGUCCAAGAACUACACUGUCCUAAAAUAACCACAAGUCUAUCUCUACCAGGAGACAUCAUCUCCCGAAAGGACCAAGAUGAUCCUAUAUUAUUGGAAGAGUCUGCCCAGACAAUGAAAGAAAGAAUUGUGAUUUCCAGAUCGACAAGCCCAACCUUCAACAAACAGACAAAGAGAGUUAAUUGGUCUAGCUUUAAUUCUUUGGGACAUGAUAUUACUGAUGAAAUUCUGACUGCAGCACCUAAAUCCAGGUCCCCAGAGGACUGUGCCUCUAGCGCUUCCCCUUUUGAAACAGAAAAAGGAUGCAAAACAGUCUUACCACUCACUGAUAAAUGUGAGUCCUCAUCUCUGACGGUAGACACAUCAUUGAGGGCAGUUCAACCAUGCCCUCAGUCAGAAAUCGUUAUUUCACCAAUAAAGAUUGAUGCUACUCUUCUUAAAGAAAAUUAUUCCAAACAGCUGUUCUAUGAAGAAACCCUGGGUCCAGACAUUGAAUUGUCUCUAGUUGGUAAAGAAGCUAAACUUUCUACUUCAAAUAGAGCUUCUGACACAGAAGCAGAGGAUGAAUCUAUCUAUUUUACACCUGAACUUUAUGAUCCUGAAGAUACAAAUGAAGAAAAGAACGAACACGUUGAAAGUGAUAGAGAUAAUAGAUUGGCUAAUAAUUCAAAAUGCAUUUUAGCUGAAGACCUUUUUGAAAUUAGAACUGAGAAAGGAGUCCAAGAAAUAAAAGCUGAGGAUUGCACAAAGUUGAAUAGACUCAUGAAUAAAAGUAAAAUUGAUGACAAUGGUAGUAAUAUAAAAACAACUCAUAUAAAUGAAUUAGACCUGGGAAAAACUCGUGAAACAGAUACAAAAGAAUAUUAAACAGUCUCCUUCCAACAAAUAAAGGUGUAUUCCCUGGUGUUAGGUAAUAAUACUUAACUGUCACACACCAAAAAUGUGUUGUCAUGCUUGUAUUAAACUCUCUUAUAAAUGACAAUUUCUACACUGGA